GCGAUCUCGGGGACUUUUUUCGAGUUCCCGGCCAAGCGCUCGCUUGUAGCGCGAAUACGACUGCCGUGCCAAUAUUUCCGGUACCCACGCUCCAUAUAGCGGAAAAUCAUAGGACCGUGGUCUUGUAGUCAGGUCAAGCGAGGAGACCCCACAAUACGAUAGCAGUUCCGAUCCAGUAUCAUAUUCCCGGCAGAGGGAAAGCCAAGGAUACGAUGGUCGCUAUCGUGAUGAACGUCGCUCCGAUCACAGCGUCUAUCAGUUAUAUAGAUCCUCUUGAUCGGACUCUGUGACGACAGCAGCCGAUGUGCGUGAGGUCAACAAUUCCAUCAACAAGCAGAACAUCAUGUCCGUUUACCCCAUAGAGGACAAGGUCAAUCCUACUGCCAAGGACGAUAUCGAGACCAAGAUCGUCGACACCGAUCUUGCUAAUCAAGGUUACAUCGAGACCGACGAUCAGACUGCCCUGGCUCUGUACGAAAUCCCGGACGAUGAGCGCAGGAGACUGUUGCGAAGGCUCGACUCUCGGAUCGCUCCGCUAGUCAUGAUCCUUUACCUUAUCGCUUUCUUGGAUAGGAGCAACAUCGGUAAUGCCGCUGUCGGAGGAAUGACCGCGGACCUAAACUUCCCCUCCAACGGUCUCUCGGUUGCGACUUCCAUCUUCUACGCUACCUAUGUAAUCCUCGAGGUUCCCUUUACGACGCUCCUUCGAACGCUCAGGCCGAGUCGUUUGAUUCCCGGCGUGGUCUUGGUGUGGGGAGGCGUCGUCCUCGGCAUGGGUUUCUCUACCAACUACGCUACCAUCUUGGCCACCCGUCUCUUACUCGGAGGUCUCGAAGCCGCUCUCACCCCUUGCUUGAUGCUCUACUUGACGACCUUUUACCAGCGGAACGAGCUUGCACUCAGGAUGUGCUACCUGUUCAUCUCGGCCGCGCUCAGUGGAUGCGUUGGUGGACUCAUCGCAGCGGGAUUCUUGAAGAUGGACGGACUCGCCGGGAUCGAAGGCUGGCGAUGGAUCUUCAUCAUUGAGGGUGCUCUCACCAUCGUCGUCGGUAUCAUCUCUGCCUUUAUCAUCGCCGAUCGAUGGCAAGACGCUACGUACCUCUCGGACAGGCAGCUGUUCUUGAUGAAGGUCCGUGAUGCCAAGGCUGCCAUGUUCAGCAAGGACGACGGGUUCUCGACCGUCGAGAUCAAAAAGGCUUUUACCGAUCCUAUGAUCUACCUCUCGGGUCUCGGCCAGUUUCUCUUCGAUGUCUGCCUUUACGGAUUUAGCACCUUCCUGGUCGUCAUCAUCAAUCAGCUCGGUUUCGACAGGAUUGAGAGCCAGGCCAUGACCGCGCCCGUAUAUUUUGUUGCCGCGAUGGUCUACCUGAUCGGCGCGUUGAUCUCGGACAAGUACUCGAUCCGGUGGGGCCUCAUGUUCCCCAUGGCCUGCGUAUCCAUUGUCGGCUACGUCCUCCUCUGCGCAGUGCAUAACAAUGCCGUCAAGCUGUUCGCAUGCUUCUUGGCCGGAGCUGGAAUCUACAUCUGUGUCGGGUUGCAUUUCACCUGGAUCGGACAGAAUAUCGCCGGUUUCCGCAAACGAUCCGUGGCUAUCGGAAUGCAACAAGCUAUGGGAAACACCGGAGGGAUUGUCGCCGGCCAGAUCUACCGCUCGACUGAUUCGCCCCGCUACCUCUUGGGUCACGCCGUCUCCUUGGGUUGUAUGGCAGGCGCUCUGGGCGUAAUCACCCUCGAGUACUUCAUCUGGAAGCGCCGCAACACGGCUCGCGAUGCCAUGAGCCAGGAGCAAAAGCUGGUUGAAGAUGACGCCGGGAUCGAUGGCGAUAAGCAUCACAGCUUCAGGUAUGCUUUGUGAAAUCGGCAGCGCAACAAGGCUGGAUGAAUGUCCACGGACAGAAACGACAGGAUGGGUUGAACCAGGAGGAACAGGAAAUACAGAUAGAUCGUUGUAUCCGUUGUCAAUAAAAGAUUGCUCCCUUGCGUAUAUCUGACUGAUUGAACUUGAUCGCGCGUCGAUCAACCCCUA